GUUGGUGCGUCGAUGGAAUAGUUGGAGAAGGGUUAGGGCGUGGCUUCGGCGCAUUCGCACGCUUCAUCUUCUGGCUUGCUCAGGUCACUUCGCUUGGGCAAUUUCACAAACAGUUCAACGGCAGGUCUGAGAGAUCAUGAACGCUAUUCCGGCGAAAAUUGCAGAGCGAUUGAGUCUUCUCCACACUUGCUUCUCUCCCUCAUCCCUCCACAGAGGUUUGCCAAAGUUCGGAUUUAUGCAUUUGCCGCAGUGCAGGAGGAGAUUUGGAGGGGCCCUUACCAGGAAGAUGGCUUGGAGUUCGGAGAAACACGAUGAUAUGAACGUAGAAACUAGGAAGUUGGGCAUAGUUCGCCCUGCGGAGGAAGCUUAUGCAGAAGAGGCAAUUGAAGCUGUCAAAGCUGGGAAGGUCAUCGCCGUCCCCACUGACACAAUCUAUGGCUUUGCUUGUGAUGCUUGCUCUACAGGAGCAGUUAAUAGGAUUUACGAGAUCAAAGGGCGUAAACAUACAAGCCCCCUUGCAAUCUGCGUCGGAGAUGUAUCAGACAUACAACGGUUUGCUAUAACGAAUCAUUUGCCUCAUGGCUUGCUUGAUUGUCUACUUCCAGGACCCGUAACUGUGGUGCUAAGGCGAGGGGAAUCAAGUAUCUUAGAGAAAUCCUUAAACCCUGGAUUGGAUAGUAUUGGAGUUCGAGUGCCCAACUGCAACUUUAUAAGGAUUGUAGCCCGUGGUUCUGGAAGUGCCCUGGCCCUUACAAGUGCAAAUUUGAGUGGGCAGCCUAGUAGCGUCUGCAUCAAGGAUUUUGAGAACCUUUGGGAACACUGUGCAUAUGUUUAUGAUGACAGCGUGCUUCCAUCAGGCCGGGCAGGAUCAACAGUGGUGGAACUUAUCAAACCAGGAAAGUACAAGAUUCUUAGAGCAGGGAGCGCAAAGGAAGAGACUAUUGCGGUCCUUGAGAGGCACAAUCUAGUAGAAGAAGGAACGGUGGAUGCAUCGCAAGAGGAAGGGGCAAGAAGCAAGAUACAGUCUGCAUAGGUGAGAGACUUCAGCUGUGAGAAACUACCACUAUAUAACGUAUACUACAUGAAUCUAGGAAGAAAUUUUUUGUCAUCCAAGAAAAGGAAGGGACCGGAUGGCUUCAGUUCCAUCUUUAAUUCUUAUGUGUGGAUCCUUGGCAAUUACCCAACUUUUUUGAAAAUUGUGUAAGUUCAGAUUUUAGAAUUUUGCCUUCGGCUUUUGGAUCUAAAUGCAGCACUUCCCUCCCCAUGGGCUUAGAAUAUC